AAAAAAACUGUCGUAGUAGACUAGCUACGUUUGCAACGUGAAACUUACAGGUGCCUUCUUGUCUAUUUAGUUCGAUUGUGACUGUACAGUUAGACAUACUACUACAAGAAACAACUCAUAUUAAUUGUACUCAUGUAAACAAGGUAGAUUAUAACUACCGUUAAUUCUAGUGAUCAACGCCGUACUACCUAGUCAAAGGAUAAUUAUUAAACUCAGAAGUAGUGUUUUCAAUUGUAAAAAGAUAUUUAUUGACAUUACGGCAAAAUAGUAAUUAGAUUAAAAUUAAGUAAAAUCAAUCGAAAAUUAUGGCCCAACGCGUGUCAAACGAUCUCACCAUUAACGAUGUGAUCCGAAAUCGUGAUAAUUCGAACGUUUUGUACGGCGAACAUCAGCAAAAGAACGUCAACAGAUUGUUGUCACUGAAAAUCAAAGACGCUAACGGAAAGCUGAACAACAUGUUUGCCGUUAUUGAGGCUAACGAUUCGAAACGAUUCUGUUGCCUAUUGUGUUCAACGAACAAUAUGGACGUUUUGAAACUGAUUAGUCAUGCUGGAAGUAAGAAACACAAGCUAAAACUUGGCACUAUCGACGAGAAAGGUCCAUCGUCAAACCAACUCAAUGGUUCCACUGUAGAAGCGUCAUCCGAGUUACAGGAACGGCUAGACAAAAUUACUGAUCAAGUGAUGAUCGGUAUGGAAUACAUUAUUGAGGUGUCCUUUGGAGACACGUUCGAGCCGAUUUUCCAUUGUGUCUUGUGCGAAGGAAGAUUCGAUCUCCAAGUGAUUAUCCAUCAUUUAACAUCGUACGUGCACCGGCUGAACUAUUUGGAAAAACAUUUCCCGACUGCUUUUAAGAAGAUUUCGGCAAUGGAAAAACGAGAGCAAAAAUAUAAUUUCUUGGAAAAAAUCUGCCAAAAUAUCGAAAACCGUUAUGGACGGCUAUCAAUAAAGACUAUUCAAAGUGACGAAUUUUCCGUCAGUCAGGCAGUAUGCUACGAGAGUGUUUUGAAUAGUAAACACAUCGAUGAGAAAAUGGGACGAACUUUCACCGAGUUCAUGGAUAUAAAUCAAACCAAUGGAUUAUCUCCAGUCUCCGAGUUUGACGAAACAACUUCCAUUUUUGGGCUAGAGUCAAUUUCAACUUCCAGUGAAUUUGAGAUGAGUCCAUUAGGAGCUCAUAAUAAAGUUUUGAUACGGCCGAGUACGUCAAUGCUCCCAAGUCAGAAAUCGGCUUUGUCACCAAUUUCACCAGAAAGAACACAAGAAUUUGAUAAAAGGUUUCGUUCGUGCAAAAGUUCGCCUCAACUUUCUACGCAUCACAGCCCUUUCCAUGUAAAGACUUCAAAUUCGACUUCAUCUAGCAGCUGUCGACGGAAGGAAAGUAAAUACAUCGACAAAAAACACUCUUCACUGAGAAUUGUGGAUAAACCACCGAAUCGAAAAUGUUCGCACGCAGAUGCAGGUCAGAAUCGUGUAAGAUCACAAUCACCACCUGGGCAUCGUGGACAUCGUCAAAAGGAUAGUAAGACCCUUGCACUGCCACGUCAAAGUCGUGAUAGAUCACGAUCACCACCAGAGCAUCGUAAAAAGAAGCCACACUCUAAACUAAGUAAGAAUCGUGAUAGAUCCCGAUCACCACAACGACACCAAGCCCUCAUGCAAAACUAUCGCCAAUCGCUUGAAGAUUAUGAUCAAAUCAGAACCUGUGCCUAUUUUGAGUCGCAGAGAAAGUUCAAUCUUUCAUCUGAACGAUCUGAAUCUGCUUUAUACAGACCGAGUUACGAAAUACCCAGUCGAACCGAUUAUUUAUUGAGCUACAACAGACGCUACAAUCAUCCGAUAGAACCGGUGACUGCUAAAGACUACAGAUUCCCAGCCUCAAUCGAAUGGAAAAUCAACAGCGAAGAACAUGCGAACCGAGCAGACUAUUCAUUGAUCUACAACGGAGGUUGCAACUACGAUCGUCCGCCAGAAACAAUCCCAGCCUCAAUUGAAUGGGGAUUUAGCGAUGGCGAAUAUGCUUUACCUAGGUCGUAUCUGAAAAGAGCAAGUCGAGCAGAUUAUUCAAUGAGCUACAACAGCGCCUUCAACCGUCCAACAGAUAGUAUCCCCACUUCAAUCGACUAUGGAGAAUAUGUGCUAUCCAGGCCACAUCGAAAAGGAACAAACCAAACAGAUUGUUUGUUGAGCUACAACAGAGGCUUCAAACAUCCAACCGAAACCGGAUUAUCUAAAGAUUGCAGACCGACUUCAAGCGAUCCGGCUAUGGACGAAGAAGAACCGAUUACGAUUAUUUCAGUUCUCAGCUUGUUAUCUGCUUUUGAAAAUUAUCUCGGUAGUCUGGGACCGAAAAUGAUUGAAUUGAUGACGGAAGCCAUAGCAAUGGAAACGAUCGGCGUAAACUUUUCCAAUCAGAUGCUCGAUGACCUGAACCACUGUAUUUUAUUUGAAACUACGAGAGAGAAGCUAAAAGGUCUGCUAAGUGCGGGUAUAGUAGACGAGAAUAAAACAGCGGCAGUUAAGAGAACCAUUCGACACAUGGAUGUAUUAAUUGAUGAAGCCAAUGCAAGAAAACGUAUCGGGACCACGUCAUCGCAAAAUUCCAACAACCGAAUCGAUGCGACCGACUGUUCUGCAGCAUCACCGGCACAAAACCAAAGUCGUGAUCGGUAUGCAGUUGCCGAGAAGAUAUUGGUGGCUAUGAAUGAACAGGGCAGAUCAGAUAUUUCGAAAGUAAAGCUUGCACAAUAUGUCGACCAAUACGAAUCAUUGGCAAAUGCUAAAGAAUGCGACGAUGAGCGCAGAGUGAAAUCGGAAAUGGGAAAAUUGGUCGAUAAAUCAUUGGCAAAUGGUAAGGAAUGCGACGCUGAGCGCGGAGUAAAAUCGGAAACGGGAAAAGUGGUCGGUAGGUCGCACCGACAACGUAAUUACGUGGAACCAUCAAAAAAGACUGAGCCAAUAACUGAUGUCAGUAAAAAUUCGUCAAUCAUUGUGGAUUCCACCAUUCCUAACACUCGAAUGAAUAAUAUCUCCUUAAAGACAGAUCCAACUACUGAUGACGCCUUUAAAAAAAAAUCAUCAGCCUUUCAAGCGUUUCCAUCAACCACGCUGAGUGAUUCAAAUCUAACAACGUUGAUGAAAAAUUUUUACAUUUUGUCCGACACGGAGAAGCAAGAAGUGAUUACGAACAUUAGAGAGAUAGAACGUCAUGAACCGGAACGUAUGCAACGAUUGAGAAAUCAAAUGGAAAUUGAUAAAUUCCUCAAUUUUAAAUUCGGAUCAUCAGAGACGGUGGUACUGAAGAAAUUAAAAUCGGAAACGGCGGCUGAAUUUUAGUUUUACAGUCAUUGUUACAUCACUGUACUUAGUGAUAAUUGAACAUUGAAUUGAAUUCAUUUUAUAAUUUCUAUUGAUGGGGAAAUUUUCCAAAUUUUUCAAUUUUACGAGCGCGCCAGACACGCCUUAUUUACCUUUAACUUAAUGGAAUAAUUUGAGCAACAUUGUGACUAAUUUCAAGUUAAAAUAAAACCAACAUGCUACGCAAA